AUGACGGCCGGAAACGCUCUUCCUGCGUUUCUCCAAACAAUCCUCGCGACUCUCCUCCUUUCCUGCCUCCUCCUUCCACUCGCUCCGGUUCGCGCAUUCAACUUCGACUGUGCAAACGAGGCCAGCGAGACCGUUGCCGUCCUGAGCUUCUGUAACGGCAACGGAUGGCGUCACACGUGUCUCUACGGCAGCGGCUAUGCCACGGACGGCUCGGGAAAGUGCACGCUCGUUCAACGCGGCGCGCUGUACUGCGAGGACUGCCAGGGGACCCUACGCAAGUGUAACGGGGGUGGGUUUGACGGGAUUACUGCUGACAUGUCAAAUAAAUAUGCCUAUAAGCAGAGUUAUGAUUACUGCCCUGAUACCCGCGAAAGGGGGUUCCACGCGAUGGAGCCCCGCACGCGCAGCAGCAGCAGCGGAGGGCAGCUGCGCGGAUUCGAGAACUUUCCGCGGGAGGAAUCCGCCGCUCAGGCGGAGGAGAAGAUCCGCGCAGAGCCGCCGCAGCCAACUGUUCCCCGCGGCAACGGCGCACUGGCGGGCGGAAAGACCAAGAUGAGCCGCCGCCUAUGGGGAAGCGGGCGCCCCUGGUCUUUCCCCAAGAUGUACAGCCGCCGCCUGUAUGGGAGCGGGCGGCCGUGGUACCCGUAA